GGCAAGAGCCGCAAGAACUCCCGGACCACCGACGAGGAGCCGCACCGGGGCGCGGCCAAGAGCUCGGGCUGCAGCACCUACAUCAACAGGCUCAUCAAGGUGGACACUCAGGAGAAGAAUGGGAAGAGCAGCUAUCCCAGCAGCAGUAGCAGCAGCAGCAGCAGCAGCAGCUCUUCCUCCGCGUCCUCAUCCCCUUCCUCCCUGGGCCCCGAACUGGACAAGGGCAAGAUUAUUAAGCAGCAAGACACGGUCAUCAUUUUAGAAGACUACGCUGACCCGUAUGAUGCCAAACGGACAAAAGGUCAGCGGGAUGCCGAGAGGGUAGGCGAGAACGACGGCUACAUGGAACCCUAUGACGCUCAGCAGAUGAUAACAGAAAUCAGACGCCGAGGAUCCAAAGAUCCCCUGGUGAAGGCCCUGCAGCUGCUCGACAGCCCCUGUGAGCCGGGGGAGCCGGGCGUGAAGCCCGAGGCGCUGGCCCGGAGACGGAGCUCCAAGGACCUGCUGGGGAAGCCGCCUGUGACCAGAUAUCCCAGGGCAUUCGCUCGCCUCAGGGGGAGGGACACCGAUCAGGAGGGCUCCUUCUUUGAGGUCCACAGUGGGCCGCCUCCGUGGCCUCUGAUGCUAAAUGGAGCCGUCCUUCCAGUUCAGUUUGAAGGCUCUGAGCGACCUUCCGCGAAGGAGGAGCCCGCGAGGCAGCACCACCGGCAGAAGAGCUGGACCCAGAAGAUCUUGAAGCCGGCGCUGUCUGACCACGGCGAGGGGGAGCGCGUGGACCCGGCCCUGCCGCUGGAGAAGCAGCCUUGGUAUCAUGGUGCCAUCACCCGUGCUGAGGCUGAGAGUCGGCUCCAACCCUGCAAAGAAGCUGGUUACCUGGUUCGAAAUAGUGAGUCAGGGACCAGUAGGUACUCCAUUGCACUAAAGACUAGUCAAGGAUGUGUCCACAUCAUAGUGGCUCAGACCAAAGACAACAAGUACACACUGAACCAGACCAGCGCCGUCUUCGACAGCAUCCCUGAAGUGGUACACUAUUAUUCCAAUGAGAAGUUGCCUUUCAAGGGGGCAGAACACAUGACCUUACUCUACCCCGUGCUCAACAAGCUGCACUAAGGUUCAGCCGCCACAAGCCCUGGCCGGGCCUCUCACACCUGAGAGGGCAUCAGCACCCACCCAGCACCUCAGGGGACAAGGCUGGACUGCGCCACAAUAAUUGGUAGGAGGUGGGGGUCUCCAUUGAGAAGUCAAAACGUCUUUGGGCUUGAAUCCAUUUCAUGACACUUGGUCACUGACCUGUCCCCUUUCUCCCUGCUAAGUAGUCCUACAACGAGAAAUGGCUCAUGCCAGGUGCCUCCACUCUCUAGAGUAGGGUGUUCUAUUUGGGUAUGACCCGCAGCAAAGGUAAGUCAGGAGUCCAGGAAUAUUAAAGUUCUCCAGCAAUUGUGCUAAUUUUCACCUGGGUUACCUGGUCUCCAAACAAACCAAUAAAAGUGCACUUAGCUUUUACAUAAAAAUGAUCGGGCGGAACAGGAGAGCAAAUGCUCUCAGACCCCUUUUGGACAAAAGGCUGAACAGAAAGAAUAAGUGAACAGUGGACCUUAGGGAAAGCUGUCUUUCUCACGUGUCCUAGUUCAGCUUUGGAGUCCGUGAAAUUUCCCAACUUUAGGGUCUGGCAAAGGAUUAUUUUGUUGGUCAGCCUGCUAAGAAAGUUUGUGCUUUCUUGAUCUCUGAACUUUUUCGUCAUUUCAACAAGUCAGUAACAUAAGCAUAAAUAGGAAGGACAGUUUAAAAAAAAUCAGUACAGGCUUCUGGUCAAGGUGGCAUCAUAGAUGAGUGCGGUACUUGCACCCUCCCACAACCACAUCAAAAUUA